AUGGCGGAUUUCAGGCAGUGGGCCCUCGAGUUUGUCCUGGCCGAUGAUGAGGGGCGACAGACGGCCAUCGCUCAGAAGGCUGCUAAGGAGAUUCAAACUGCACCUGCCAAUACAAACCCAGUAGCACGAUGGGUUGAAGCCGUGCAACCGUGGAUGCCAGGGAGUGGUCAUGAAGCCGAAGAUGAGACACCAGACUGGACUGCUAGAGCGAAGGCUCUGGAAUUUCUCUCUCGAACUUUGGACUUUCUGAGCAAGGACGUCUUGAAGCCAAGUCAAGUAAAAUUGCUGGUUAGCUUCUUUGGUGCCAUGUUCGAGGUUGACCACAAAGCUGGCAUUAUGCCUUCUGCUACUGCCUUAACCCGGAUAGCGGCUAUGAAGUCGUUCCAGCGUCAAAGCGGAAACGACAUCAUCCAAAAGAUCACUGCCUUGCGAGAUGACUUUCCUCGUCAAGUGUCUAAGACCCGACUUACCAUCUACGAGCUUAUCCGAUUGCUCAUGUCUACCCCUGAAGUUGCCGGUGAUCUGCAGCAUCGGCAUGGCUCAUCAGCUGGCUUCAUGAUUGACCUCAUGCAGCUCUGUCGAAGUGAGAGGGAUCCCGAGUGUUUGAUGGUCUGGUUCGACAUUCUGCGAAUAUUCUUGUCCGAAUAUUCGCCCUCAAAAGAGGUUCUGGAGGAGGUCUACGGUGCUUUCAAGCCGUACUUCCCGAUCUCUCUUCCUCGAGCAUCACAAGUUGCCAUUACCCCUGAAGACUUGAAAUUGCAGCUACGGAAGUGCUUCUCAUCUACCCACUUGCUAGCUGAUCACGUGUUUCCAUUCCUUCUUGGAAAGUUGGACCAGGGUGAUGCUGUAACUGUUAAUGUCAAGGUUGAUAUUCUCAAAACCAUUCGUGCCUGCUUGGACGAGUACACACACCCCGAACAGUCCGUCGCCCCUUACUGCAAUAGACUUUGGGGGAGUCUCAAGUACGAGGUCCGAAAUGGAGAGAUCGAAGACACCAUCUGGGGUACCUUGGAAGUCCUCAAAUCCCUUACGAACAGACUUAAGGGUGAUGACCUCCGUGACUAUACUCUAUCUGUCACAAGGGAUUGCGUCGCAGAUCUUGCUACCACCAUGUACGCAUCAUCUGCUGGUAGACUCUUGGUUAGUGUCUUGAGCGCUAAGCCCAGUGCUUUCGUCUUGAUGGCCGCUCCUGUCAUGACACACAUCAAAGAGAACCUGCGGCAUCCAAAAGCUCCUGUGCACAGCCAGGAUCUACUCAAGGUUCUUCAUGUUGUCUUGGAAACUCGACUUCUGCUUGUCGAUUCAGAAAUGACUGCAGAGGAACGAGAAGAUUUUGCCGCUAUUGAUGCCUUCUUCAAGUCACUCUACGAUGAAGUUUUCAAAAAGGCGGUUAAUCUGGGCUCAAAUUCGGACGUUUCUUACGACGAUAUCAAGAUUGCGUCCCAGGCAGUUCAGGGGGCUGGAGCUUUGCUAUGCCAAAGGCCGGCCAAGUCACUUGUUGCGGCUGAGGAUGCUGCGAAUACUGGCUCUGAGCGACUUCUUCCUGAAGCAACGUGUUCAGAGAUCUGCGAGUCACUCUUCGCUAUCCUGACGAAAUCCGGCCCAGGACAUCCCCGGUCAGCUGGUGGUGACGAGCUUAUUAAUGAUACUACUCAGGCCCUGCAACGUGCAGUUCGUCUGUAUCCCAAGGGCUUUAACCCCCUGGUUGACCAGGCCAUGGCCAUUAUUCGACCCAGUUGGCGAAGUGGAGGAGCAGAGGAAGCGUCCGAGACUAUCACAGCCCUUGGAGCUCAUAUUGCCUUUGUGGGAUCCUCAGAGCUACCAUCAACCCCCAGGAACGGAUUCGACCACUUCAUAUACUCCAUUCGAUCGUUCCUUUCGGAACUUUUCAACGCUCUCGAGACAAAGGCAGACCCUCGGGUCUGGUGCGCUCUGGCGGCGACUGUCCAAUCUAUAAUCCGACACUUCAAUGAUGCUUGCCUGGCACAAACCCCACGGAAAGAUCUCGACCUUGAGAAUGAACCCUUGCAAAGGGUUAGUGCCGUUUAUCCCGAGCUGGAGCAACUUGGUGGAGAGAAGCAGGUCGAGCCGUCAGUGGGUUACCACUCUCAGAUUCCGCAAUCAUCGUCUGUUGAUGAGAUUAGACGCGAGUUCCUUCUCGUCAGUCUUUUCAUUUCUCGGCAACUUUACCGCAGGGCCACCAAGGUUGUCGACUCUGGUAAAGCGGCACUUACCCUGAGUGACGACUUUACUGGUAUGGCCCAGGCCGCUGGAUACCAAUACCUCCAUUUGAUCUCUACUUUGGCGGGUUUUGUGGUUCACGAGUUUAGCGAGUCUCAACAGACUGCACUGAAAGCCGAGGCGUUCGCCAUCAGCCUCUUCCGUGAUGAUUCUAUAACCGUCCCCCAAAAGGCAUCAGAGGAGCAAUUUCCCGGUGGUGAAAACGGGUCAUCGUGGAGUUGGUUAGCAUCAGAAGCUCCCAAUGUCCUAUCUCUUGGUAUACUGCAAGCACUGAAGCCGUCUGCGGUAGCAAGACUUUUCGAGACAGGAGUCGCACAAGAGCUGAUCCUCAGCGGAUUCGUGGCAAACUACAGCCCAAGCAGACCGGUUACGUUAUCUAUUCUCACCAUCCUGGCCAACAAGUACAAGAUCGAGACUUUGCCGAGCCUUGUAACUGCACUUGAACAGCUCACAUCGAAUCUGCUUUCAGCCUCUUCACCUGAGGAUGAUGCAUCACGCUUAGAGAAGAUCACCUCGGUUUAUGCCCUUGCCGCAGGAAUGGUCCGGCGAUAUAGCGGCAAGGAAGCAAAGCCACUUCUCCAACUGAUCAAAGACUCGCCAAAGGAUGCCAAACUUGGCUCUGAACUUGCAAGACGACUCGAGGUCAUUGUGGUUCCCCAGCAGCCAUUGACCAAGGACAAUUAUGCUAUUGUCAAGCCGCUAUGGGUGCAGAAGGUGUACUUCGAGUUGGUGAGCCCCAUGCUGCAGGCCGCUACCGGACAAGACGCCGAGGUGCAAGACCAGCAGGUCAAGUCAAACUACAGCACUGGAGUUCUUCUCAUCGUGAAACAUAUGAACUUCCCGAUCUACGAGGCGGACGCGGAUAAAAUUCUUCGCAUCUCUAUCGCCGUUGCUCAGAACAGCAACAUCGGCCCUGAGACCAAGGCUGCUCUUGAUGUACUCAAGAACACGCUUAUUGAGGCCCCUGAGAAGGGUAAGGGGCAUCUCCGAAGCAUCAUCAAGAUCUGCACAAGAGUCUUCUCGCAUAGGUCCUCCGCCGCGAGCGUUGAUCCCGAGACAGAGGGCGCUUGCGGUAAGCUUGCUCUGGAGAUUGUUGGAGGUUUACCACGCAUGUACGAGUCUCAGCAUCUGUUGCCACACGCACCUCAGGUGCAGCGAGAACUGACAAUGGUCUGUGGACAUCGUGUGCGAGAAGUGAGAAAGACGGCACGGUUGGCGAGAGUGGCAUGGGCGGAUCUCAAGUGA